GGGCAGCUUGAAAGUAUAAAAGCAGCGAGAGCGAGAGCUUGGUUGGCACUUAAACCCGGCGGCGAAACAAGUGACUGAAUCAACCGAGAAUCACAAGAACAAUGGCAUCUUCUGGCCCAUUCCAACUCCUGCUGCUAAUAAUACUGGCCUCAUUUGCAGAAGCCAGUGAACCAAGACUUUGUGUGACUUCAGAGAAAGAAAGGCAGAAAUGUAAAACAUUCCAGAACAUUACAUGUGUGAAAGGCUCCAGUGCUAGCGAUUGCCUGGAAAAAAUCGCUAAGAAUUUGGCUGAUAUAACGAGUCUUGACGGAGGAAACAUUUACAAAGCCGGCAAGUGCUAUAAUCUAAAACCCAUUGUAGCAGAAACUUAUAGUGGUUUACCUAUUGGAGCAGGUUACUUCGCUGUAGCCGUAGCAAAGAAAAGCUCAAAUGUUAAUAUCAACACGUUACAAGGUAAGAUAUCUUGUCACACAGGUCUGAACAAAACUGCUGGUUGGUUUAUUCCGAUGAGUGUAUUAUUUACUAAUAAGAACAACCAGUUAACUCAAGCUUCGAAUUUUUUCAAUGCAAGCUGUGUCCCUGGUGCAAUAAAUGGUUCAAAUAUGUGCAGGUUGUGCACUCCGAACUGCAAACGGAACAGUGAUAAUUUUUACUACGGGUACAACGGAGCAGCUAAAUGCUUGAUGGAGACUGAAGCUGAUGUUGCCUUUGUGAAGCAUAGUACAUUCCUGAAGGAACUUACAAAAAGUGAUUAUGAAUUAUUGUGCGCGGAUGGGUCAACGGCCGAAAUCGGAGAUUACGAACAAUGCCAUCUGGCUCAAGUUCCUCCUCAUGCAAUUGUUGGUAGAAACAACUUGACCGAUGACCAAAUCGAAGAAAUAUUUGAAAACUUUGAUAGCAAAAGUGAUAGCACUCUAUUUUCUGACAAGUUCGGUAAAAACUUGAUAUUUUCAUCUAGUACUGAAUCCCUUAUUGAGAUACUCAGUCACUAUGAAGCCUUUUUGGGUCCGAGUUAUAUGAACGCUUUGCCGGAUAUUUCCUGUUGAGAGGUCAGUGCGGUUCAGGGCUUAAAGCAGAAAUUUUGGAUUAUAUUUUUAGAAUAAUUGGUAAAAUAAUGACAUGACACUAACGUUAACCACAGAAAAUAGUAAAUCUAAUCUUGACACUUUUUUUCUAAAAUAAAAUUUCCGAUUGAUUCCAUCAC